AUCUAGUUGAUAACAUGAAUUCAUUUCUUUCUUCUUUUCUUUUUUUUUCCUUUUUGUAAUAUAUUUUUACAUAUAACUCCUUUUUAUUAUUAUUAUUAUUAUUAACAAGAUAAAAACAAGAAAUAUGCGUAUUGCUAUUGUGACUGAAAACUGGCUUCCAAAGGUGGAUGGAGUAACUCGAACAUUAUCAAGGUUAUUGGAACAUUUACAAGCCAAUGGUCAUAAUGUAUUAUUACUAGGACCUGAAAGUGGAAUGACGGAAUUUGCAGGAGCAGAAAUCUUAGGUACUUAUGGUAUUCCUUUUCUUCCUUAUCCUGAACUAAAACUCAAUCUAUGGCGACCUGCUUUUACGGAACGACUUUUAUCUUUUGCCCCACAAGUGAUUCAUAUUGUUGACCCUGUAUGGUUAGGUCCAGCUGCUUUGUUUAUGAUUCAACGUUAUUUACCCAACACUCCUAUUGUAUCUUCUUAUCAUACAAAUUUGGCUACGUAUUGUCAUCAUUUCGGUUGGGGUUGGUUUACUCCUUUGAUGUGGCGUUGGAAUCAAUUUUGUCAUUCUCAAUGUCUCUAUACUGCCUGUCCAUCUCCUUCAACAAAACGAAUGUUGGAAUUACAUGGAUUUGAUCAUGUUCGUCUUUGGCCACGUGGUGUAGAUAUGGAUUUAUUUUCUCCUUUACAUCGAUCUCUUGAAUUACGGGAACAAUGGAUGGGUCUCUCUUCUCUGAUGGAUGAUAACAAGAAAAAGAAUCAAGAUAAAUGUGUAUUAUUAUAUGUUGGACGGAUAUCAUUUGAAAAGAACAUUGGAUUAUUAUUGGAUGCCUAUAAGGAAAUGGAUCAUUCAAAAUGUCAUUUAGUAUGUGUGGGACAUGGACCUGCUUUUGAUGAUAUACAACAACAAUAUUGUAUUAACAAAUCAAAUCAAGAUGGGGAUAGUGUACUUCCUAUUACAUUUACAGGCUAUUUACAAGGAACUGAUUUGGCAACGGCCUAUGCAUCGGCAGAUAUGUUUGUAUUUCCUUCAACAACAGAAACUUUUGGUCAAGUAGUAUUAGAAGCAAUGGCAUCUGGAUUACCGGUGGUUGGUUUACAAGCAGAAGGGAUCUGUGAUCUAGUUGAAGAUGAAUAUUCUGGACUAUUAUUGGAUGGAGAUGAUGUGACAGGUUAUAAGAAUAAUAUGGAACGAUUAGUGAAUCGACCUUUGGAACGACAACAUAUGGGAAAAAAUGCUUUGAUGGCUUCAAAAUCAUAUACCUGGCCUGCCGCUAUGAAUCAAAUGGUUCAAGUUUACAAGGAUGCUAUUGGUGAUAGUAAAAUUAGUGAUGAUAGAAUAAAUGACGUAGUUAGUACAGUAGAUAGACUUGAUGAUAGUGAUAGUGGUGUAGAAGAAGAUUAUUUAUUGAUGAAAUAAUAAAACAACAUUAUGAUUUACCUUUAAAGAUAAUGAUGGUGUACAAUGACCUUUUUUUUUUUAUUUUUAUUUUUUCCUUAUUGAAUAUAUAUUUGUGAUGUACUAC